AACUUUUUAUAACUUGUGUGUGUGGGGGGGUUACCGUUUUAGCGCUGAUGUGUGUGUGGUAUUUUGACUGUGAGGUGGAGUGGUCUGUAUAUGGGGUGGUGUCUGGGGCCCCAAAAUUUUUGUUGUACGGGGCCCAUUGAUUUCUUACAAGCCUUACAAUUGCACACGAUUUUGUAGGUGCAAAAUUAAAGCAUAGGUAAGCACAGUGUGUAAAGGAUUUUGGCACAUGCCAGCUGGCACAUUUUUGUGCUUAGCCCAUACACACUGAAUUUCUAUCAUUACUACAAAUUCUUUCCAUUGCCAACCUCAGCAUUGUGUGUAAGAAAUGGUCUUUACAAAUGUUACUGAUAAAUUGUAAUACUAGAUAAUUGAGGCUUUUCCUAAUAUCUCCAAAAACACACAGCAAUAUGAUUUUCAGAACACAAGAGGUGAUAUUUUGCCAUCAAUUGAGACUCCAGGUGAAUUGCAGUACCUGGGAGAUUGCAGAUGGGAGACCAAGGUCAGGAGAACAGUUGCUUUGUGCCAUUAUCAUUUACUUUGCAAUGUAUACAGCAUUAAUGGCUGAAACAUGUGCAGGUUUCCUCUGCAAUUAUAUUUUUGAUUGUAAAGAGGAGCUAAUUUACUGCACUGGAGAAACAUUGCACCUAUGUAUGAUAGUGUACCCUCUUGUUUUUUCCUUCUGAUUUGCAUGACUUGCUGGCAAAAUUGAAGAGUUUUCUCCGCAUCCAGUGGUUUCAUUGGCUGUCCAACCCAACACUAUAGACUUCUGUUCCAGUUCCCAGCAAGAUGGUGCCAUGUAGAAAUGGAUUCUGGGACUGCUUCUCAGCAUUUCUAUGUUCAUCUCUGAGGCCAGCCCUAGAAGGCACCACCACCACCCCCACCACCCCCACACGUUCUGCUUCACUAAUGAUGAGCUGGAAGUAUCAUUUAAAGAUAUUGUGCACCAAGCUGCUGGAAGGAACAUGUACUGGGAUCAUCAUCAAGCCGUACACCUUGUGAAGACACUGGAGGAUACUGAAGUCAAAAGGAGUAGGAAGCGCAGAGGACAGCCAGAGGAUGGCUGCCCAAACCUGAGAACUUCAACCCCAAUUGGACAAAGUGGAAGUGACCCUCUUGCUCGCAGAUCUAUUUCACCAUGGUCAUACAGGAUUGAUUAUGAUGAAAACCGUUAUCCACAGAAGUUGGCGUUUGCUCAGUGCUUGUGCAAAGGAUGCAUAAAUGUAGAUACCGGCAAAGAUGAUUCUUCAUUAAAUUCGGUGUCAGUGGAACAGACCAUGUUGGUCCUACGCAAGAAGAAAUGCCCAUACAGUUCUACUAGUUACAUGUUUGAGCUAGAAUAUAUCAAGGUCCCCGUGGCAUGUACCUGUGUCAUUCCUAGAAAUUAAAGAGGACCGAGUAGGAAUUUGAAAACUCCCAUGGAGUCCUGUUUCCUACACUUAUAUUCAUCCCACCGUGUUGUGACUGUGUCACAAUAAGUUUGUUUGUUCUAGAACAUUUAAGGUUGUGUUUCUGAUCAUUUUGAGAUAUGCGGCCAAGGAAGGAUUCUGACGGUAUAGAAUGUUUUAUAUUAUAGGAAGGACUAGGGUCAUUUCAAAUUCUGACGAAGAAUCUAACUUGGCUUCAUAAAACCUAUUUGGACAAUGUCUAAAACAUUUUAGGCUGCUCUGUUGAUUUCACAUGUAAAUAUGAUAAGAUGCUCAGGGAUGGAAGGUAUCCGCUCUGAGCAAUGUAGGCAACCUGUGGCCUCCUCCAAGGCCAAGAUAGGCAUCAUAUGAACAAAAGGCAGCCAAUUACAUUUAAGAACAAAGCUUCAUUUCAAAUCCACAAACAUAUUCUCUAACAAUAUGAAAUAGCGUAAUAUCGUAUAAUAAUAUUUAUUCAUUGAAACGCUUGUAUAUGGACCGGGCCAAGCCCUUUUUUUAAAGUAAAAUGUUGUAAAAUGAUGAAUUAGUUUUUUUAAUGUUGCACAAAUUGCUAUUUAUUUAUAUAAUAUUUAAAUAAUUUAUUGCAGUCCUGCAAAGAUCGAUGUUAUUUAUUUUGUGAUGGUUGAAUUUUGAAUUUGCUUCUCCAAUAAUUGGCUUAUGGGAUUAAAUGGCAGGUAGAGAGAGAAAAUACGACUUUUAUGAUCUCUUUUUGCCAUUGCUGGAAAGCGGGUUCCGAUUGGCCUGUACCAUUAAUAUAUAUAUAUAAAUUCAUGACAAUCGUUUUGUUAUUUGUUUUAUUUUAAUGUCAUCAUGAUCUACUUGUUGCAUUGUACGUCUGCCAAUGUGUGUGUCUGACUAUGUACAUUAUGUCAAUAUUACUUGAUUGGAACCUGCCCCACAUGUGGUGGUGAGAUUUUGUAUGUUUUCAUUGUUUUGGAGAAAAAUGGUAAAAUAAAGUUGUUGUUUUUCCUAUCGAUUUGUUGCUUUUACUGAGCCUUAACACAUUAGAAUAACAGAUAAGAUACACGUUACAGAGAUGUAAGCAGGAUUGA